AUGGCACCACAGUAUGCACAAAAGUUCCGUGAAGAAUGGAUGAAAGAUAAAAAUUUUAAAGAAUGGAUAGUUGAACUGGAUAAUGACAAUACUAAGCAUUUGGAAACUACAAAAAACUUUUCCGCAUCGAGGGCAUUAACGACAUUCAUUAAACCAAUUACCACCAAGACGGCUCAGGCAGAAAGUGCAAUAUGCUUAUUCAUAUCAGCACAUAGCUCAGUUUUAUCAUGUGAUCAUUUAGGAGAAUUAUGUAAAAAUUGUGUUAAAUCAUCUGAGACCGCUGAUUCGAUGAAAUUACACAGAACUAAAUGCACUGGUAUAAUUUGCAAUGUAUUAGCUCCCCAUUUUAAAAAUGAAUUAAAAAAUAAAAUCAACAAUGGACCAUUUAGUAUUUUAAUUGACGAGUCAACUGAUAUGAGUGUGCAUAAGUUCUUGGGAAUAACAAUUAUGUAUUUUGAUACAGAUAUGAGACAGGUGACUUCAACGUAUUUAUCAUUAGUAGAAAUGGAGUCUUGCGAUGCAGAAGCCUUGGUUAAUGCUGUAAAAACGAUAUUACAUUGUAAAGUCAAUAAGAAUGAUGCUAUCAAUGGAUUCAGACAAAUAAUAGAUGAUCAAACAGUUUCAUUUAAAAAUGUUAUGCCUGAAUUUUAUAACUUGGUACAAACAUUUCCUUGUUCAACAGCAGAGUGCGAACGGGGGUUCAGUCUAAUGAACAAUAUAUGCACUAAGUUACGUUCUACGUUAACUAUUAAACAUUUAGCCAAUCUUAUGUUUAUAAAUGUAAAUGGUCCUCCACUAGAUGAAUGGGAACCAAAAAAUUAUGAACCAGAAACAAGAGAGGAAAAAAAAAGCAUAUGGAAAAUAUUAUAG